AUGACGUGCCACGUGACUCGGUCGGGUUACUCCAUAUGGGCAGCGGAAGACGAGGCAGAUCCGGCCGGCCUGCGGCGCCUGCGGAACCGGCUCUCACACGUAGUUCUCUUGAAGUGGGAGGAGACAGGAGAAGAGCACAAGCUGAAGUUGUAUGACAUUCAGCCUGACAGCAGUGGCAGACUGGCCUGGGCUGCUGUCGAGGAGGCUUUCGGUGCUGAUCUGGUGGAAAUCUCAGACGAGGGAACACCGGGGCUCCUUCAAGUAGGCGACAGGGCGGGACUCACCAUAGACACUUUCCAGCCCGGGGACACCAUCCUGGUCAACGUCAGCCGCAAAGCCCAAGCACAAACCGCUGCAGAAGUGGCGUCCGGUUACUUCGGUAAAAACAAGUAUGGCGUGCUGGGGUUGGCGCCCUCCAGUGCAGCAAGUUUUGAGAACUACAAUGAGCUCCAAAAGCUCCGCAUCAACGCACCUUUCUUCCUCUCAGGCCGGCCUGCCAGUGCCAAGGCGCCACCUCUGGCACUGGUCCACGAGGUCUUUGGGGAGUUCCUGACAGACGCUGACAGCAUCCAGCCCUCUCCGGACACCUUUGACUUUGUGCUUGAGGCAUGUGCCAUGCUCGCCGACUUCUAUGCAGAUGAGAAGAUCAGGCAGCAACUCUUCAACAGACUUCUGGGGAGGUUUCUGGGCAAGGACAUCUACAGUGUCAGUCUCACCGAGGGCGUCAGUGCCACUGGUGGGAGCAUCGUUGAUAGUCUGGACAAGCCUGAGUUUGCCUCUCUUCAUGUCGAGUACAAGGAGGACAUGUCAACUGGGACUGCUUCUGAUCCGUCGGCGGAGAUCAUGUCCUACCACUAUUGUUUGCUCAACCGGAUGGCACCAAAGUCCCGACUGGCAUCAUCCCCAUGCUUUGGGGUGGUGGUCAUUGGCUGCAUGCUCUGGAUCUGUGGCCUGGCAUUCGUUGGCAAGCUGGCGUUUCAGCCACUGACACCAAUGUUCCCCAUGUUGGACCUGCGGCCGGGCCAGCCUGCCUACAUGGAGCAGUUGGCGCGGGCAUUCGAGGCAUUGAGGCAUGGCGUCACUCGCUUGGGCAAGGAGUAUGCAGCAUCGCCGUUGGGUGUGCGACCGGCGCACUUUGUGCCGUACCCAUUGACAAACUCUGCCAGGUGGUUGGAGGUCCAGCAUCUGGUGAACAUUGACAGCCUGUUGUUCUUUGCCCGCGACGCCCAAACUGAGACGGCCAAAGUGAUCAAGUAUGUGACCAAGUACAGCACUGAGGUGCAUCAGGCACUUUCAGAUACCGGACUUGCGCCAGUGCUGUAUGACACAGUGCAGCUGAAAGGAGGAUUCAUGCAGGUCGAAAUGGAGCUGCUCGCUGAGGAGGACGGAUGGACCCGCCUAGACAUGAUGUCCGCGGAAGAGCUGUCUCGUGUGCAACCUGCAGUGUUGGCUGCACUGGAUCGCGUGCAUGCGCUUCGCCUGCCUGAUGGUGGCUCGGUGGUGCUGGCAGAUUGCCGCCCAUGCAAUGUGAUGGUCAGGAUUGUGGAUGGCGGCCUCGUGGAUGUGCGAUUCAUCGAUUUUGACUGGGCUGGGCGAGCUGGAGUCGUUCGAUACCCGUGCUUCAUGAAUCAUCGGGAUGUGCCAUGGCCAGAUGGUGUGAAGGAGUUUGAGCAUGCGCUGCAGAUACACGACACCCGCCUUCUCACCCGCCAUCUGCCCAAAAUGUCCACAGCAGCCACUGACGGCUGGCUUUCAUAG